AUGGCAGACAACGAGAAAGUGUCACCGACAACAUCGGCGCCUGAGGUCGAAUCAGGCCCGACCAACACAGACUUAGCAAAGAGGGUCACCACCAAGGACGAGCUCCACGAGUAUCGCGAGAAUGAUGGCUACGUCCUUGAUGCCGAGAACUCUGACGGGAGCCCAUCGGACACGGGCGUGAAGCUCGCGGCAGAUGGCCACACUCGCCUCAUCCCCCAACCAAGUGAUGAUCCUAAGGAUCCUCUGAACUGGAGUUGGAGGAAGAAGCACACAAUUCUUUUCAUCAUUGCUGCCGCUGCCUUUCUGCCCGAUUAUGGCAGCGCGACAGGCGCGGUAACACUUAUUCCUCAGGCUGCUGAAUGGAACAUGACACCAGAUGAGGUUAAUCACUCUCAAGCAGGAAAUGUCUUCAUGUUGGGUGCCGGUGGUAUAUUCGCCGUUGUACUUUCUGCCUAUUUCGGACGUCUCCCAGUGGCGUUUUAUUUCCUCGUGGUGGCCUUUGCUACCGCUGCGUGGUGCGCAGGUGCCGUUACAUUCGAGUCUUUUAUGGGCGCCCGCAUCCUCAACGGCUUCUUCUCAACCGUCACACAAGGCGGAGGAAUGAUGUUUAUCCAGGACAUGUUCUUCUUCCACGAACGCGCGCGCAAGAUCAACAUCUGGGCGUCUUUCUUCGUCAUGAGCCCUUACAUGGGCCCGCUCCUCGCGGCCUUCAUGACGGCGUUCAAACCAUGGCCGACUCCCUUCUGGGUGUACACGGCCGAGACAGGCGCCGUCCUGCUUCUCACCAUGUUCUUGGUCGACGAGACGUACUACGACCGACGCAUUCCGGCCGCUGAGCAGCCGGAGCUGGGCAGCCGAUUCUCGCGCCUGCUCGGCAUCUCGCAGUUCCGCUCUCGGCGUCUGCGCAACUCGUUCCCGCGGGCUUGCAUGCGUGUCGUCAAGGUCAUCCUCAAGCCCACGGUGCUUCUGACGGCGAUUUACUAUCUGCUUACCUUUGCGUGGGUCGUCGGCAUCAACACGACGCUUUCAAUCUUCCUCACGCCGCUGUACAACUUCGGCCCGCUGCAGAUCGGUUACUUUUACUUCACGCCAGUCGUCGCGGUCCUUCUAGGCGAGCUAACGGGUCACUUCUUGCAUGAUAUCCUGGCAAAGAGUUACAUAAAAACCCACAAGGGCCACUUCGAGCCCGAGGUGCGGCUGCGAGCCAUCUUCUUCUCGCUCCCGCUCAUGAUCGUGGGCCUCGUACUCGUUGGCCAGGCGCUGGAGAACGCGUGGCACUUCAUGGCCCUGUCCGUCUCUUGGGGUCUUUACGUCUACGGCAUCAUGAUCACCACCGUCGCCGUGAGCAGCUACUGCCUCGACAGCUACCCGGAAGCCAGCGGCGAGGUCAGCGCGCACCUGAACAACGCCCGUACGCUGGGCGGCUUCGUCAUCUCCUACUUUCAGGUGCAGUGGGCUGAGAAGCAGGGGACCAAGGUUAGCUUCGGGAUCCAGGCCGCAGUCGUUGCGGCGGCGUUCGGGAUUAUCCUCUUCCUGAUGGUCUUUGGCAAGAGGCUGAGGAUCUGGGCUGGGCCGCUUCGUUUCGCUACUGCGUAA